ACAUGGCGGAUUAUGAAACUAAAACAAAACAAAACGCAAUCUCUAAGUAAACAAAACUUGUCUUUGUAUGGGAUAACAUGUUAAUAACCACAUCUAAAAACAGGAACAUUUGUAAACAUGGAAGGAUUAUGUCCUAAAGUAAUACUGCUAGAAGAAUCGGAAAAAGCACAGCAGGUUUAUGUACAAAAAGCAAAUGAUCAAUGCAGUAACUGGGUGAACUUUGAGGAAGUUGAUAAUAUGUCUUUGCGGAACGAAAGACCUUGUAAUAACGCUUCUAAACGUCAAAUCCCCUCAAGCAUAACAACGAAAGGUUUAAUACCAACUAAUCGCCGAUUUUCUUCUUCAAACUGGACGUAUAGUCUAAGAAAUUUUAUCGAUCCAAAGUUUGAGCAUUUUUUAGAUUCGUCUUGUUAUAUUCAGCAGUACAGACAUGCAAAACGAACAAGAAUUGAAGAGAAACUUGCCGGCUUAAUGCAAAGUAGAGAAAAAAGAUUAACACAUGAGAGAGGAAACAGUCAUGCUGAAAAGAAUGCCCAAAGUAUUGCAAUGAUGUCAGCAGAGCAGGAUACAAAUAGCUGUUCCAAAAAAGAACCAACAUGUGGUUUAAACGAAGACCGUUGUAGGAAACAAUCAGUUCCAGUUAAACCUUCUUUACCUCAGUCUGGAUAUUUUGCUGGAAGAAAGUGGGUUUAUCCAAGAGAUUAUUCACAGGGAUCCAACAAAAAUAUUGGUGUCAAAUGUGGAGACACACGGAUGUCACAGUCUAAAACAGCAAAUAAACAGGUGAACAGUAUUUCAAGAAAUAUGUUUCUGCGAGGCACAGGUAAGCCUUUGAAUAUUUCUUCAAAUAAAAAUUGGAUACCUCGGUACAGAACAGUGUGCAAGUCUGCACCAGCCAGUCGACAAAAGCAGCCAGAGUAUAGCAAACCAGACACAACCCAGGUCCAAACCAUCAAAACACCUGCUCGAAGUGACUCAUUAACUCAUGCAAACCUCAGUGCAUUGUUGGAGAGACAUUCAAGUGAUACAACUACUCAACUGAGAUCGUCAUUCCAAACUUCGCCUGUUCAACAAUCUUAUGCUCAGGUGAAAACGAAGAAAAACUCUGUUGAGUCAAAUAGUGAUGCUAAUAGACUAGAGUACGAGAAGAUAUUUAGAAAUGUUUUUGAUUUUUAUGAGCAGAAUUCAGCUGAGAAGAGGUCUCAUUUGUAUAUUAACAUUGGAACAUAUUAAGCUUUUAAAUAUUGUAAUAUAAUAUAGGGUAUAUUAGCUGACUAAUUUUAAAACGUUUCUAAGGAAAU